UUCAGUCAACGUUCGAGGAUUACACACGACAAACACAUCCAGCAAAACCAUGUCAGCGACACGGACGAGCAGUUGCCUCUGGUUGGGUUUGGUCCUGGUGGCGACGCUUUUUCAGUUUUCGGAGUGCCAGUAUUACGGAUACCCCUACUAUGGCGGGGCCAGUGCGGGGGCGGGAUCGGGGUACGGAAACCUUUACGGCAGCGGCUUGUACGGAUACCCAUACAGCUACGGCGGAUAUCCCUACUACUCGUACCCCUACAACCCGUACUCGAUGUUCGGGGGAGGCGGGGGAUAUGGUCAGUACGGGUACCCCUACGGGGGAUAUCCCUACGGCGGCAGCGGCAUGAACGUGGCCUACGCGAGCAGCAGUGGGGGCUUCGCGACAGCCAGUGCGGGCGGAAACGGAUACUACGGCUGAUGGACGAGUGGUACUCCGAAAUAAGCUAGUUUUACUAUACACUUUGGUUAAGUUUCCUACUACGUUAGUGUAUCAACGCAAAUAAUGUAAUAGUUAUUUAAGUCGGAAUAAAAAUUAAGAGUGAUUGCUA